GGCUUGAGAUGCAGACCAUAUAAUAGGCAGCUGCAGGCAGCAAGAAAUCAGAUGAAGAGACUCAAAGCAAGUAAACAACCUUCUAAGAGCUCAACAAAGAGAUGGAGACCGGGAUGGAUGCUCUCUACCACUCUGGAGUCCAAAUGGUCCAAUACCUCCAGAUGAACUACAAGGGUUCCCAAGACUGGUUCAUGUUCAUCUCCUUUGCUGCUGAUCUAAGAAAUACUUUCUUUGUUUUCUUCCCAAUCUGGUUCCACUUUUGUGAAUCAGUGGGCAUCAAACUCAUCUGGGUGGCAGUGAUCGGGGACUGGCUCAACCUUGUCUUCAAGUGGAUUCUGUUUGGCCAGAGACCAUACUGGUGGGUGCAUGACACUGAAUAUUACAACAAUAUGACUGCCCCCACCAUCCAGCAGUUUCCUGUUACCUGUGAGACUGGUCCAGGAAGUCCUUCAGGUCAUGCCAUGGGUUCAGCUGGAGUCUACUAUGUAAUGGUGACCUCACUGCUUACAAUCUUGUUGAACAAGAAACAUUCAAUCACUUUUAAAAGCAGAUGUCUUCAGGCUGCUUUGUGGGCUGGAUUCUGGGUUGUCCAGAUUUGCGUUUGUCUAUCACGAAUAUUCCUUGCUGCUCACUUUCCCCAUCAGGUUGUGUGUGGAGUCAUAUCAGGAAUGCUGGUAGCUGAGGUUUUUGGAAAUGUUCGAUACAUCUACAAGGCCAGUUUAAAGAGAUAUGUAUAUACCACUCUAUUCCUGUUCUCCUUUGCUUUGGGUUUCUAUCUGGUCUUGAAAGCAGUGGGAGUGGACCUCCUGUGGACACUGGAGAAGGCCAAGAGAUGGUGUGACCGCCCUGAAUGGAUCCACAUCGACACCACUCCUUUUGCUGGAUUGCUGAGGAAUCUUGGUAUCCUCUUUGGAUUAGGCCUGGCGCUCAACUCCCAAAUGUAUAAGGAAAGUUGUCAAGGGAAACUUUCAAGGCAGUUCCCAUUCCGUCUCUGCUGUAUGGCAACAUCUCUGUUAGUACUCCAUAUUUUUGACAGCUUCAAGCCACCUACAAAUGUUGAGAUGGUCUUCUACCUCCUUUCCUUCUGCAAAAGUGCUGCUGUUCCCUUAACCUGUGUAGGGAUUGUUCCAUAUUGUAUAUCCCACAUUAUAAACAAGAAAGAGAAGAUUCUAUAAGAGUCAACUGCACAUUUUACAUUGGACAUUUACAGGACACUAUUCCAAGAUGGUUGUCCUCUACCACACAUGUAAUUAAAAAGAUUACAAGGAAAAUACAUUCCUGUACUAGUGACUACAGAAUUUCUAUGAAGGAAAAAAGGUCAAGCUAUGGAAUGAACUUCAAGUAGGGACUUCAAGGAACUUCUAGUAGGGAAUCACAAAAAGACUGAUGUUUUUGUAUAGGGCUGCUCUACUGUCAAGAUCAGCCAAGGUAUAGGACUUGUUGCAUUGAAAAUAAUGGAGGCUACAAUUCAAUUCCAUAUUUAAGGCUCAAAGAAGUUGUCCUGGAUUACAGAAAUAUGGCUUCUUUCUUCUAGAAAUGGUGCUAUUGCAGCUCAGCCCAUUUAAUUUCCAUGGAGCUGGACUGCAAUACCAUAUAAACAGGUGUGGCACAGAUUCUGGAAGAAUGCAGCCAUAUCUUUCUUACCCUGUACAAUUAUCUUAAAUUUUUUUGCAUCAAAAAAACUGAGCAAGCCGUGACAACACUAAUGGUUGAUAAAAGCUUUUGCUUGCCUCCUAAAAAGGUGUUGAGCAGGGGCGUAGCUAUAGGGUAAGCUGCUGCUUUGGGGCCCUGACCCAGAAGGGGCCCAUCCAGGAGGAAGAGGACUAAAAGAUUUUGUCAGGGCCCCCUCAACAGUAUUACACAAUG